CAAGGUAAGAGAAUUUACAUUUAAGUUCCUCUGCCUUUUUGUCGAAAUUCAAAAGAUCGAUUCCGUAUCCAUUCGUUUGAAUAUUGACGCAUGUGUAUGAUUACGGCCAUAUUACUGAAUCGUCACUUGUAGUAGCUGGAUUGUUUGUUUAUUUAUUGAUUGAUUGAAGAGCUGUAAAUUCACAACGAUUUACUGUUAUCACCUCCUAAUCUACUAAUUCUGUAUAUUUGUUGAUUCAAAGAAUUAAGUUGAUAGAUUUAGAAUUUACAGUAUCUUGAUGUUGUUAGUUUGGCCAUGGAACCUAGAUCGCCGUCAAAAUUUAAGCUUCCAAUGAUGGGUUUUCAGAACCGAGCUCUGAGGAUUGGUAUUAUAGUUCUAGUGAUGGUAUUGUUAUUAUCGGUUUGUGUUUAUGUUGUUUUAAGACCAGGGAACACUCAAUUUGUGUUAAAAAGGUCAUAUUUUACGGUGGUAGUGGAUUGUGGUAGCACAGGUACACGAGUAAAUGUAAUUGAAUGGAUGAUAGAAGGUGGUAUCAGCAGUCAUGAAUUGCCAAUUUUGGUGCAUUCUUAUCCUGAUAACUCAACCAGUAGUAAACUACAGAAAGAUGGUUGUCAGUAUCACUGCUUGCAAACUGAACCCGGUUUAGAUAAAUUUGUUGGUAAUUCUUCUGGAGUAAGGGCAUCUUUAGAGCCAUUGAUUAUUUGGGCGGAACAAAGGGUACCUUCUGAAAGGCAUGGAGAGACUUCUAUUUUUGUUCUAGCUACUGCUGGACUUAGGAGACUGCCAAGGGAAGAUGCUAAGCGGGUUUUGGAGGAUGCAGAGGCUGUUGUAAAGGAACACGCCUUCAUGUAUAGAAAAAAUUGGAUUAGGGUAUUGAGUGGGAAGGAAGAAGCUUACUAUGGUUGGGUUGCUCUGAACUAUAAAAUGGGAACCUUCAAGAAUUCCUCAAGGUUGCAGCCCACUUUGGGACUUCUCGAUCUAGGAGGUUCUUCAUUACAGGUUGUUGCAGAGACAGAUGAAUUGAAAGAAGAUGAGCACUUUUUGAGAUCAAAGAUUGGAUCAUUUGAACAUCAAAUUUUAGCAUACUCAUUGCCAGCAUUUGGGCUAAACGAGGCAUUCGAUAGGACUGUGGUUAUGCUUAGUCAUUCGCCGGCACUCAGGGAAGUUGCUGGAGGAACAUUUGAAAUAAGCCAUCCUUGCCUUGGUUUUGGUUUGGUGCAAAAUUAUACUUGCCAUGGUUGUUUUGGGCCAAGUUCUUAUGCUUCUGAAAAUUCUAGCCGUCAAGUGCCAAAAAAUGAGUCGAAUUCAGUAUUUCUUGUUGGAGACCCAAAUUGGGAGCAGUGCAAGUUAAUUGCCAGGGCUGCUGCUAUCAACUCGAGCAAUUCAGACUGGUCACAGCUAGCAGAUGGCCCAAACUGCAAAGCAGGCUUGUCCGCUUAUAGUGGCAUUGAGAUAGUUAAUUUGAUGGCUGUCACCCACCCCAUUGCACGUUUUCAUGCUUUAUCGGGAUUUUUUGCUGUUUACAAUUUGUUAAAUGUGAGCCCAAGAGCAAAUUUGACAAAGAUUUGGGAGAAAGGCCAGCAGUUAUGUACAAGAUCAUGGGUUGACUCGAGCAGCAUUCCCGGGAAUAAAAAUUAUACUGGACAGUAUUGCUUCAAGGUAUCCUAUUUGGCAUCACUCAUUGAGGAUGCUCUCUGUCUUAGUGAUAAAGAGAUAAUUUUUGGCCCAGGAGAUGUUUCUUGGACUUUAGGAGCUGCACUGGUCGAAGGGGAAUUUUUAUGGCUAAGUUCUGCUGCAGCUCAAACUAACAUUUUAACUUUAAAGAAUACAAUACCGUCUCCCAUUUUCCUAUUUAUUUUACUUCUAGGCCUACUAUUAAUUGUUUAUCACUGUCAAGUGAGGCUGCCUAUGCCAGGGAAGAAGGUUGCUGCUGAUGGGGUGUCUUUGCCAUGUUAUAUUUUUCCCAAAGUAUCGCCCUAACUAAUUCCUGGCUGCAGCUGUGUUAAUGUAACAAGUUCCAUGCUCAUUCAGUACAAUUAUAAUUCAUUUUGUUCUUUUACAUUGUGAGUGCUAAAAGAUUAUAUGGAAUGGUUGCUGAAUGUUCUUUUUUU